UCGCAAAGCGCAUAGCGCGAUCAACAAUCAACAAAAAAAAGGAGCAAAGGAUUAAUUAUUUUUUGUGGAUUAUUACAUAAGGAUAAAAACAACGGUAUUGAGUGCGAAUACAGCGUGUGCAAGUGCUAAGUGAAUUUUUAUUUCUUUUUGUCCAAACCAAAUAGAGGCGAAACAAGCAAGGAGCUCGUACGCCUGCAUAAUGAGAUUAACACACCGUCUGGCUGUCAUGGCCGCCAUACUCUUGGCUGGCUGUUCACUCAUACACGCACAGGAGUCGUCUUGGGGUGGCGGCUGGGAACCCUCAAAGGAAUCAAUGCUCAGCCGACGCUCCACAGAAUCGGACAAUGCAAGUCCAACCGCUGUGCAACCUGCUGAGGUGCAGGGUCGCAAUUAUGACGUGCAUGAGAAUAUCUACAGCAACGACACUAGCUCCGACAUCAAUGCCGUUAUCGAUCAAAUCAUUAAUUCGCGUCGCGAAGGCCGCAACCUGGGCGAAUACGAUCAGGUGUAUGCUGAUGGUAACAUCGAUCAGGCGCUGCAGCAAGGUGAUGAUCUGCAAGCACGCAAUCUGAUACGCGACAAACUUUGUGGUCUCGGCCUCAUGAGCUGUGAUGUUGAAGAGAAACGUCCUUACUAUUCGACAAUUUAUGCGCAAGCUCCACCACCACCCUCUUUCGGUGGUGGUCCAUACGGACCACCGAAGCCAAUGCCACCACCCGGACACUACAAUAGUCGUCCUCCACCACCAUCAUCGUUGAACUCUUUCGGUCCACCGCGUAAAGUUGGCUAUGAAGGCGCUUACAAGCCGCCCUAUCGACCAUCUGGCCCCGGACCGGUUUACAAUGGCCCAUACUUGGAAAGUCCACCACCCUCAGCGAUUGGCGGCAACGGUCCCACCACAUUCAACAGACCUCCACCUGGCACUAUUAUUUACGGCAGCAAGCCACCCGGUCCCGUCUAUAGCGGCGGCAAUGCGGAGGUGCUACCACCAUACGCCUUUGAAAACCCUGGUGCUGAGAAAAUUCACGCAUCUGGUUCCGCGCCAUCCAAUUUCUACGCACAGCAAUCAUCUUCCGCCUCAGCUUCCUCUUCUUCGAAAGUUGUCGUUGGCAACUUGAAUGCUGUACCAGCGUCUGGGCCCGGUGUUGGCUUACAACAGCACGUGCAUCACCACUUCCACCAUGUCGAGGGCACCGACGGUGUUGCUGGCGCUAAAGUGCCCACUGUGCCCAUACCAAUUGGCGCUGGACAAGCGAUAAACACCGACUUCUCGGCGCUUGCGCAAUCCUCGACUGCCUUCACACCGCAAACACAGGGUGGCUUCACCGAAUCGAAUGCCUUCAGCGCUGGUUACAAUGGCGCCUCACAGGGCGGACUACUCUCGCAGGCGGCAGCCAACGGAUUCAGCGCGUAUGAGAAACCCAACAUUGCUGGCGGUUUCGGUAGCUUUGGUGGUAAUGCUGGCGCUCCAGGCAUUUAUGAGCAACCCGGUUUUAAUAGCGCAGUGCCUGCGGGCAUUUAUGAACAACCAGCUGGCGUUAGCGGUUUCGGACAAAGUGGCUUUGGACAGUCCAACAACUUGGGCGGCGUCAGCGGCAGUUAUCACAGCCAAAACCCUGACUACUACAAGAAAGAGCUGCAAAACUUCGGCGGCGGCGGCGGCGGCUACAAUGGCUUAGGAAACAAUUUGGGCGGCCAAUAUCAAGGCGGUUAUGAUCCCGCACGUCAACAAAUCGUCGACUGUCAAUGUGUGCCAUUCAACCAAUGUCCUGCUGCUGAUCGCAUUGGACGCAAAGAGGACCUCAUCUUGGCUAUUGAUCCACGUAACUUGGGCAAAGAUAUCGAAGCCUUGGGCGAUGAAACGGCGACUAAUGCAACCGUCAGCGCGGCAGAAGAUAAGAAGCAAGAUGAAAAGAAGGAUGAGGAAAAGGAUGAGGAAACUAAGCGCAGCAAGCGCCAGGUGAAAGCCGAGGACAAACAGUCCGACGAAGGUGCAGCUGAUCUGCCGCUAGAUGCCGAAGGGCGCACCGGCAUACCCGACCUAGCAGCCCUCGAGCUGAUAAGGCGUAAGAUUCUGCCCACUUAUGGCGUAUCAUUUGGCUUACCAUACCCCACCGGCGGUGGUGGUUAUCCCGCAAAUGCACUAGGCGACUUUCAUCCCGCACCAAAUCCACAUUUCGGCUCGAUUGGACCGAAUGGCUUGAAUCUUGGCCUUUUGAAUGUAAAUCCAUUGGUCUCCGUGCAGGUUAGCAAAACCGAAUUCGGCGACAAAGUGGUGAAACCACUAGUCAAUUUGCAUGUCACGCCGAAUGCCAAAAUCUUUCAAAAAGUCGGUGAUCUAUUCAAAUCGAAGCCCGAACAAAUUCACAAUACACAUUACCAUCAUCACGAUCAUUACAGUAGUUUCGAGCACGAUCAUCAUUCGCAUCCGCAUGACAUUACCGCACCUGGGCCCAUUUACGGCGGCACAGCACCAAGUGCUACGAUCAUCGAUGUGGUGCCGAGCAAACCGAUAUAUGAACAUCAUAGCACUGUAACGGCGCCAGCAAACACAAUCAUUGAUACCGGAUUUCUUCACCACCAGCAACAUUUUGCGAGCCAACAAUUCCAACACGCUUCAUUUGGUACAACAUCCGCUGGUAGUUAUUAUCCCGGCACUUCUGGUGUGGGCGAACAUGUAUCAUAUCCGAGCUAUAACUUGGGCAGCACGGGGCCUGGGCAUUUCGGCGGUCCCAUUUCAAGUGGGUAUGGCGCUAGCGGUCAUGGUGCGGACGGUUAUGGCGGCGGCUUAUCGCACGCCGGCUACUCAACCGGCUUCGGUUCAAGCGGUCAUGGUGGUGAGUUUUUCGCCGGCGGAAAUUAUAAUGCUUAUGAGGAACGCAGCUCCAAUUUGAGCGUGGCAUUCAAGGGACCGACUGCGCACGGUCCGAAACAUGAAGAAUUGAAUACGCUGCCCAAUCGCAGAGGUAAAGGUUUGGUUUAUGAGUCUCACCAGCGUCCCAUACCAGCACAAGCGCCUGGUGCCGCGGAGGGUAGCGACUACGUGACAUUUCCACGUGAUCGCCGUCGACGCGAUGUGGUUGAGCAUGAGGAGACGGCGGAACGUAAGCAGAGUGUAUUGGCACGAACCGUAAAGGCUGAACAGCGCGCUUACUACGGUAACCGUCCCGUUGAGAAGACUUGCCGCGUCAAUGAGGUCUGCUGUCGUCGUCCACUGCGUCCGCAACCGCCAGCCCAGCAACAGCUUGGUCGUUGUGGCACGCGCAACGCUGCUGGCAUCACGGGUCGUAUCAAGAACCCAUCCUACAUUGACGGCGACAGUGAGUUCGGCGAGUAUCCAUGGCAUGUGGCCAUCUUGAAGAAGGACCCCAAGGAAUCGGUCUACGCUUGUGGGGGCACACUGAUCGAUGCACAACACGUGAUCACUGCUGCUCAUUGCAUUAAGUCACAAAACGGCUUCGACCUCCGCGCCCGUCUCGGCGAGUGGGAUGUCAAUCACGAUGUGGAAUUCUUCCCGUACAUUGAACGCGAUGUUGUCUCCGUACACAUUCAUCCCGAAUACUAUGCUGGUACUUUGGACAAUGAUUUAGCUGUACUGAAACUUGACCACCCCGUCGACUUCACCAAGAAUCCACACAUCAGCCCCGCCUGCCUGCCAGAAAAAUUCUCCGACUUUACCGGGGCGCGCUGCUGGACUACCGGCUGGGGCAAAGAUGCUUUCGGCGAGCAUGGCAAAUACCAGAAUAUCCUAAAGGAAGUGGACGUCCCCAUCCUGUCCCACCAUCAAUGCGAAUCGCAAUUGCGUCAAACUCGCCUUGGCUACAGUUACAAAUUGAAUCCCGGCUUUGUUUGUGCCGGCGGUGAGGAGGGCAAGGAUGCAUGCAAAGGUGACGGUGGCGGCCCAUUGGUAUGCGAACGCAACGGUAUUUGGAAUGUGGUCGGUGUUGUAUCCUGGGGCAUCGGUUGCGGUCAGGCCAAUGUGCCCGGUGUGUAUGUACGCGUCUCACACUAUUUGGACUGGAUUCGUCAGAUUACGCAAUACUAUAAAUGAGUAGCGGCGGCGACGGCGGUGGCACCGGCGUUGACGACCACAUUAGCCUAUCACAACAGCUGUCAGUUGCAAGACCGAGAUGUGUUCCACUUUCACUUUCGAUGAGCCAUUUUUUGUUGCGUCGUUAUGAUGCAUUCGUACGUGUAUGAGUAGAUAUGUUAAUGAUAUUAUUUAUUUUUGUUAGUGUUGUAAGUGUAAGUGCAUACUAUUCAGUGCAACUGCUUGUUUUCGUUAUUUUUUUGUUUUUGUGUUUUGUGUGUAAAUAUUUAUUGCCUUCUUCCAUUUUUUUAUAAAUUAUUUCAUUGAUCGCCUUAGCGCCGUUUGCGAAAGGAGGCUGCUACGAGAAUUAACUAAUUUAUAUUUACGAAACUUAAUA